CAUCUCACCCGGAUGGCGUUCUGGCAUGCAUAUAAAGUUCCGGAUCGCACUGGUGAUGCCCAUUCUUCAGGCCUUUCGCCAGAUCCGCCCCAUCUUCAGCAACCUUUCGCCUCCCCGUAAAUUACCUCUAAUAUGAAGAUUUUGGCUGUCCUCUACAGUGGCGGCGAGGCCGCCAAGCAGGAGCCCCGUCUCCUUGGUACCAUUGAGAAUCAGCUCGCCUUACGGCCAUGGUUGGAGUCGCUAGGCCACGAAUUUAUCGUGACCGAUGAUAAGGACGGUCACACCAGUGAUUUCCACAAGCACAUCAAGGACGCGGAGGUUCUGAUCACCACGCCGUUCCACCCUGGGUAUCUCACUCGUGAGCUCAUCGAAGAGGCUAAGCAUCUGAAGUGCUGCAUCACUGCGGGCGUCGGUUCCGACCAUGUUGACCUCAACGCCUGCGUUGAGCGCCAUAUUCAAGUGCUCGAAGUCUCCGGCUCGAACGUUGUCUCUGUGGCUGAGCACGUGGUCAUGAGCAUAUUGCUCCUGGUCCGCAACUUCGUUCCUGCUCACGAGAUGAUUGAGCGCGGUGACUGGGCUGUUUCCGAGGUCGCACGUAACGCGUUUGACCUUGAAGGCAAGGUCGUCGGUACCAUUGGCGCCGGCCGUAUCGGCUACCGCGUUCUUCAGCGUUUGGUGCCCUUUGAUUGCAAGGAGCUGCUGUACUACGACUACAAUCCCCUUCCCGAGCAUGCUGCGAAGGCCAUUAACGUUCGUCGCGUGGAGGAUUUAAAGGAGUUCGUCGCGCAGUGUGACGUCGUGACCGUCAACUGCCCGUUGCAUGAGGGUACGAGGGGCCUUAUCGACGCUGAGCUCCUUAAGCACUUCAAGAAGGGUGCUUGGCUCGUAAACACUGCUCGUGGCGCCAUCUGCGAUAGGGACGCUGUCGCUGCGGCGUUGAAGAGUGGUCAACUCUCUGGGUAUGCAGGUGAUGUAUGGAACGUACAACCUGCUCCGAAAGACCACCCCUGGAGGACGAUGAAGAACCCUCUCGGCGGAGGAAACGGCAUGGUGCCUCACUACUCUGGCACGACGCUGGAUGCGCAGGCGCGUUACGCUGCUGGUACCAGGGAACUUCUCGAAAACUACUUGACCGGCAAGCCGCAAGACCCCCAGCACGUCAUUGUCGGCCUCGGAAAGUACGAAACGAAGGCAUACGGUCAACGCUGAGUAUUCACGGCCCAGGCGAUCAAUGCAGUUGGUCAUUGCGCAG